AGAAUUUGAACAGGCAGUUGAAGCAAACACACACUGAAAACUCUUCGCUGCUUCUGAUCACUUUUCCAUUUCCUUCAAGUAAAGAUAGCCCUAGAAAUCUUAACACCACCGACAAGACAAACGCCACCAAAUCAUCAGAACCUUAAUCUCCUCAGCCUACUUGUAAUCAGCUUCCUAACCCAGUCAACCAUGGACGUUGAUCCUCGUCACUACGAACAGAUUGGUAUCAAAGAUAAUGAUAUCCACAAUAUUGUGCUAUCCUAUCUGGUGCAUAAUUGUUAUAGAGAAACUCUGGAAUCAUUCGUGGAUUGUACUGGGAUGCCAGAACCUGCAGAUUAUAUUGAGGAUAUGGAGAAAAGAAAAGGGAUAUUCUGUUGUGUCCUAGAGGGGAAUGCACUAAAGGCCAUUGAACUGACAGAACAAGUGGCCUGUGACUUAUUGGAGAAUAACAAGGACUUGCAUUUUGAUCUUUUGAGCCUUCAUUUUGUUGAGCUUGUUUGUGCUAAGAAGUGCACUGAAGCUUUGGAAUUUGCCCAAAACAAGUUGAUGCCAUUUGGGAAGGAGCAGAAGUUACUUGAAAAGCUUGAAGACUUUCUGUCUCUGCUUGCUUAUGAGGAACCAGAAAAAUCACCAAUGUUUCAUCUGCUUGGCUCGGAGUACCGGCAGCAUGUUGCAGACAAACUAAACCGAGCCAUUCUUGCCCACAGAAACUUGCCAAGCUAUACAGCAGUGGAAAGACUGAUACAACAGACGAUAGUUGUAAGGCAAAGUUUAAAUCAAGAUCAUGGUAAGUAUGUGUUUUUAUAGGAUGAGAUUCCACCAUUUUCUCUGAAGGACUUUCUCAAAGGCUAGAUUCUGGAAGUGAUUAAAACAUUAUGGUGACGAGGUAAUGAAGGCUACUUCAUAUCUUGUUGCCACUGUAUGGUUUUGGUGUAAUGUUUGUUCAUGGGAAGAUACAGUUAUCAACGCCCCUGCAUCUGUAAAAGUUGCUGAGUAGGCUGUCAGCUGACUCACGUGUCAGCGUCUUCCUGCAUUUGGUGAGGUAUGCUUCUUGAUUGACCACAGCACUAGUGCAUUUGAGUUUCAACUCUGUGCUGAUUGGAUUUGUCAUUGUCCAUGGUUUUGACAAUCCAAUGGCUUGUAAAUUUUUGCUUGCAUGUUAGAGACUAGGAAUCUAGAUUAUUUUGUGUCCUAAUGUCAAAUUAAUUCUGAUUUGACGAUAUUGGAAGUCUUGUUUAGUGGAGCAAGGUUGGGAUGGAAGGACCACGCUAUUUCAUGGCGCACCAUGACUUCGCAUAUGGUAAAAAAAACAUAAUAUUGAUUGUAAGAACUGCCAAUGGUUGUUGUGCUUGUAAUCCUAUUUCUGUAAUAUGGUGUGCAGGGCGCACCAUAAAACGAAUUGUAAUUCUGGAAUGUUGAUGUUGGAAAUUUGCAUA